AUGGUGGAAGCUCAAAGAUCCAAGGAGGGGUUGCAUCUCAUGGCCAACCCAGAGUCGGGGAAUCAAACAGUGGUCACAGAGUUCAUCCUGCUGGGAUUUGGGAAUCUCCCUGAGCUGAGAUUUUUUCUCUUCUUGCUGUUUCUUUUCAUCUACGUUGUGACUGUGGCCGGGAACCUCCUCAUCAUUGCGCUAGUGGUGGUUGAUCGGCACCUUCACACCCCCAUGUACUUCUUCCUGGGGAACUUGUCCUGCUUGGAGAUUUGCUAUAGCUCCACCAUCCUGCCCCGGCUGCUGGCUGGUCUCCUGACCAGGGACAGGACCAUCUCCAUCCCUGGAUGCCUCACGCAAUAUUAUUUCUUUGGUUUCCUGGCAGCUGCAGAGUGUUAUCUUCUGGCAGCCAUGUCUUAUGACCGGUACUUAGCGAUCUGCAAACCGCUGCGCUAUGCCACCCUUAUGAAUGGCAGGUCUUGCCUUCAGCUCUCCGUUGCCAUGUGGCUAAGUAGUUCUCUGGCUAUUGACAUUACUAUAUUUUUAAUGCAACGGUUAGAUUUUUGCGGCCCCAAUGAAAUUGACCAUUUCUUCUGCGACUUCCUCCCCAUCAUAAAACUCACCUGCGAUGACACGCGCAUGAUGGAGCUGGUCACGACCGCCCUAGCUGCUGUGUGCACCCUCCCGCCCUUUCUCAUAACGCUGGCAACAUACGUCUGCAUCAUCACCACCAUCCUGAGGAUCCCGUCCACCACGGGGAAGAGAAAGGCCUUUUCCACCUGCUCCUCCCACCUCAUCGUGGUGUCAGUUUUCUAUGGGGCCAUAAUGAUUGUCUACCUGCUCCCCAAAACGGACACCCUGCGAGACCUGAACAAAGUGUUCUCCAUCUUCUACACAGUCCUGACUCCCCUGGUCAACCCCCUCGUCUACAGCCUGAGGAACAGAGAGGUCAAAGCGGCCUGGGGAAAAGUUGCCCCUAAAUUCUCUGUUGUCAAAAGGAUUCAGACCUUCCUGUGGUAA